GUGUCAGGAAGCGUUGGGGUUGCGGUGAACGGGGUUACUGUGGAGGUGUCAAAUAACUUUUAAAUACAACCUUUUUUAUUUUAUAAAAUAAGCUCCUAUUAACGUGACGUGUUCAACAAGUUAAAGUAUGUCAACCCCGGCUAGAAGAAGACUUAUGAGAGAUUUUAAACGACUACAAGAGGACCCUCCAGCUGGUGUCAGCGGUGCCCCAUCUGAAAACAACAUCAUGGUGUGGAAUGCAGUCAUAUUUGGCCCUGAAGGAACUCCCUUUGAGGACGGUACAUUUAAACUCAUUGUAGAGUUCACAGAAGAAUACCCCAACAAACCCCCCACAGUACGAUUUGUGUCAAAGAUGUUUCAUCCAAAUGUCUAUGCAGAUGGCAGUAUAUGUUUGGACAUUCUACAGAAUCGUUGGAGUCCCACUUACGAUGUCUCCUCUAUUCUGACAUCUAUCCAGUCUCUGCUUGAUGAACCAAACCCCAACAGUCCAGCCAACAGUCAGGCAGCUCAGCUGUACCAGGAGAACAAGCGGGAGUACGAGAAGCGUGUGUCUGCCAUCGUAGAACAAAGCUGGAGAGACAGUUGACCUGACAAUCCUGAUAGCUGCUCUCUCCAUUGUUAAGCUGUGUGUGCUGCAAGUUUUAGUGGAGUACCUCUUAAUUUUUGGGCCCCCCACCACCACCUUUUCCGAUUUUAAGCUUUUAUGCACUUUACCUUCAAUUACCCUUCAUAGAAUGUUUUUUUUUUUUUUUUU